CUUUCGGGACGGCGGCAGGAAGAUGGCGGCCCCCAGGGACAGGCUUGCAGCCGUGGAGGCUGAGGUGCUCGCGGGUCGUCAGGGGAGCUCGGGAGUGGAAGUGGUACUUCCCUCUGAGCCUGCCACACCCGCCCCGCUGUGCCCUCACGGACCCACUCUUCUGUUUGUAAAGGUGAGCCAAGGGAAAGAAGAAACACGGAGGUUUUAUGCCUGCUCAGCCUGUAGAGAUAGAAAAGACUGUAAUUUUUUUCAAUGGGAAGAUGAAAAGUUAUCAGAAGCUAGACUUGCUGCCCGAGAAGCUCAUAACCAAAGAUGUCAGCCUCCUCUAUCCCGAAUGCAGUGCGUGGAAAGGUACUCGAAGUUGAUCGAGCUGCCCUUGUCUCAGAGAAGGUUUUGUCAAAGAUGUCAGCAGUUGCUAUUGCCAGAUGACUGGGAGAAGCAUCAUGAGCAUCAGGUAGUGGGUGAUAUUUCUAUCACCCAGUUAAAAAGGCCCAGUCAACUCCUUUAUCCAUUGGAAAACAAGAAGACAAAUGCUCAGUACUUGUUUGCUGAUAGGAGCUGUCAGUUCUUGGUAGACCUACUUUCUAACCUUGGAUUCAGAAGAGUACUGUGUGUUGGAACACCAAGGUUGCAUGAGCUGAUCAGGCUGAAAGCAUCAGAUGACAAGAUGUCUAACAUUAAAAGCCUUUUAUUGGAUAUUGAUUUUCGGUAUUCACAAUUUUAUAUGGAAGAUAGCUUUUGCCAUUAUAACAUGUUUAACCAUCACUUCUUUGAUGGGAAGGCUGCCCUUGAAGUAUGCAGAACAUUUUUGCAGGAAGAUAAAGGUGACGGAGUCAUUAUGGUGACAGAUCCUCCUUUUGGUGGCUUGGUCGAACCUUUGGCUGUUACAUUCAAGAAGUUAAUUGCUAUGUGGAAAGAAGGUCAAAGCCAAGAUAACAGUCACAAAGAACUACCCAUAUUUUGGAUUUUCCCCUAUUUUUUUGAAUCCCGAAUUUGUCAAUUUUUUCCAAGCUUCUGCAUGCUGGAUUACCAGGUAGAUUAUGAUAAUCAUGCGCUUUAUAAACAUGGAAAGACAGGUCGAAAACAGUCUCCUGUCCGUAUUUUUACCAAUAUUCCACCCAACAAAAUAAUCCUUCCUACUGAAGAAGGGUACAGAUUUUGCCCUCUGUGUCAGCGAUAUGUUUCUCUAGAGAAUCAACACUGUGAGCACUGUAAUUCUUGCACAUCCAAGGAUGGCAGGAAAUGGAACCAUUGCUUUCUCUGCAAAAAGUGUGUAAAACCUUCCUGGAUCCACUGUAGCAUUUGCAACUGCUGUGCUCUUCCAGAUCAUUCUUGCAAGGGCCCCAAGGAUGGCUGCUUUAUUUGUGGUGAAUUAGAUCAUAAGCGUAGUACUUGUUCUAACACCUCUGCAUCUAAGAAAGUUAAUAAGGCUGUCAGAAAGCAGAAGCAAAGAAGAGGUAAUAAGAUGAAACGGAGGCCACUAAAAGACAAUCCAUGAAUCUGUUACAAGGAAGAAGAAAAGGAGAGAAAGAGCCCAUCAAUAUCUUUGCUCUUAAAUGUCCAGUGAUUUGAGAGUAAGAAAGAUUUAUAGUCCAACCUUUGAUGCCAUUUUCUGAAAGUGCCAUACUGGACUUAAAUUCUUUCACUUUCAAAGGUAUGCACCUUGCCAAGCUAGAUAAUAGGCAGGUGGUAUUUGCUGGUUUAUGGACCCCUUGACAGCCUCUCUGGGGACCAGGGGAGUUUCCAUCUUUGGCUGGUUUACUAGCUCUUGUGUGCCUUUUUUCUCUUCUUUAAAUCUCUCAAUCAUUUGACCCGCUUUUAUCUGAUAAAUGGGCAUACAGCUUUGUUUUGCAGAAAGUGUCAGAAGAAACUCAAAGUGAAAACCUGAAGUUUUGUUUACAUUGCACAUGAGUGUGUUAAGUUAGAGAAAUGUUUGAGUUAAACAUCAAAAUAUUGUAUGAUAUCUUAAACCCCACUUGUAAAAUAAAGUUCAAUGUACAAUUAUUUUUAGACAGACUCUGAACAUGAUGGGAUUUUGACAAAGGCAGUCUAAAUAUAUAAAGGUCAUAAUUAUGGUUAUGUGAUUAUUGAAUAUUUAUUUUUUUCAAGUACUUUUUGUAGUUGUCUUUUGAUGGUACAGAAUCACCUAAAUGUUUGUUGAAUAAACGAGAUAUUUAGAUUUA